AUGAGUAUCGAUCUUGAAAAGAAAUCGGAGUCAGCAUUUGAUUCGCAUUCGCUUGAAGGGGCUACAACGAAGGAAGAAGACACCUACGAUGCUGCCUUCCAUUUCGUGAAGCAGAACCAUUUGGAUACCCUUGAACUCCUGCAACAGGACCUGGCCAAGGUAGUUAGAAAAGUGGAUUUCCAUAUUCUUCCAUUAUUGUGUGGUAUCUACUUUCUUCAAUUUCUCGACAAGUCCUUGUUGAACUAUGCUGCUGCAAUGGGAAUCAAGAAGAAUUUGGUAGGCAAUGAAUUUGCCAAUCUUUCCACUAUCUUCUAUGCUGCUUACAUCUUUGGUGAACCAAUUGUAGCAUACUGCUUGCAAAGAUUUCCAUUAUCCAAGAUUCUAGGAUUAUUCAUUGUAUGCUGGGGUAUUGUAGUUGCAUGUCAUGCAGCUUGUGACACUUAUGCGUCUUUGAUGGUAGUCCGUACCUUACUCGGACUCUUCGAGUCUUCUUCAGCUGUUGGUCUCAUAUUUAUCAGUGGAAUGUUCUACACGAAGCCUCAACAAGCUGCAAGAAUGGGAAUCUGGUCGGUUAUGGCCGGAACAGCUACCAUUGUAGGUGGCUUACUUUCAUUUGGUUUCCAACAUGUAAGAACGGAACGUUUCCUUUCGUGGCAGAUUCUUUUCCUUUUCAUGGGAAUCAUCACUUCUCUCUUUGGAGUCUUCGUCCUGUUCUAUUUGCCAGACAAUGUCACUUCUGCAAGAUUCCUCGACCAUGAUGAAAAACUCAUUAUUUUGGAAAAUGUCAGAUCUAACCAAACUGGUACCAAGAGUAAAAAGUUCAAGAAGAGCCAGAUCAAGGAAUUGUUAUUCCACGACAAGUUGACUUGGCCAUUCUUCUUGUUGACCAUUACUUCUCAGAUUGUCACUGGUGCCAUUGGAACGUUCAGUGUCACUAUCACACUUUCGUUUGGGUUUGACAGUUACGAAUCUGCAUUGCUUCAAUUGCCCGUUGGAGCCCUCAUCAUCAUCAUCAUUCUUGCCGCUACUCAACUUGUAGCUCGCUAUGGUCACAUCACUUACUUCAUGGCUUCAAUGUUUGUACCAACCAUUGUGGGUUGUAUUGUGCUCUUGUCUACAAACUUGACUUCCCAAAGAGUUGGAAAUUUGCUUGCGAUGUACUUACUUUACAGUGGCUCUUCAUGCAUUACUCUCAUCUAUACUUGGAUUAGUGCCAACACUGCUGGUACAAGUAAGAAACUCUUUAGAAGCGUCAUGACUAUGAUUGCAUUUUCAGUUGCAUGUAUCAUUGGACCUCAACUAUUCCAAGCAUAUUCUGCUCCAGGGUACCGUCCAGCAAAGAUCACUCUCUUGGUUACGCAAAUUGCUUGUAUCCCAAUCUCCUUCUGGGUUGGCUACAUCUGCAAGAAGGAAAACGAGAAGAGGGAUCUGGAACCAAAGUCAGAUGCUCCUGAGAAUUACGAGUUCUUGGAUUUGACUGACAUCCAGAACAGAAACUUUAGAUACACCUACUAA